AUGGUCGGCCAGCUGGUGCCUUUGCUGCGCGGCCAAGCGCGCGGCCCUGGCCCCAAGGAGGCGCAGGGGCCGGCGGACCCCCCACCCCAGCAGCAGCCGGCGCCCGCGACCUCAUCAGCCCUGUCAGAGCCCCAGCAAGUGGUCCUGCGCCACCGGCCGGCCCCGAACAGCAGUGCGGAGACGCCCGUCACCUUUGUAAUCUGGCGCCCCAGGCCGCCCGCGCGCGCGCCACAGGCCGCCCCGGCCGUGGCCCCGGCCGGGGAGAAGCAGCUGCCCGUCAUCUUCUUCCUCAAUGGUGGGCCGGUCGCCGCUGGGCAAAAGGGCGCGUCGCCGCUCAAUAGAGAGGGGGGUGCGAAGCCCGGUUGUGUGCGGCAUGGCGUGUGCGGACGCCGCGGCGCACGGGCGCCCGCUGACCCUCUCAGGGCAGUCGCCUCAUGCGCAUGGAAUAAGGGAGGACUGUGA